AUGAACACUUUACUCAUCGCUUUGUCAGUUAUAGGGCAAGCAGCUGCCGACCGGCUGCUGGUGGCUUCAUACGGAAAUGAAACUCAUGCUGGCGCCAUCCAGACGCUCGAAGUACUGCCUAGCACAAGCGCAAAUUCCAGCCAUGCGAUGAAAGUUACCCAAGAGAACCACGAGUGUGGAACUUUGCCUACAUGGUUGGAUGCGUCCCUUGGCCUGGAUAGGAUAGUCUGUCUAGACGAAUCAGCUGCCAAUGCUAGUCUCACAAUGUUGAGCCUUGGUGAUGACGGCAACCUCCAAAAGGUGUCCAAUACCAGUGUGCUGGGAGGAGCAGUAUCUUCGGCGUCCUACAAUAACAAAUCCGCAUUAGCCCUUGCUCACGCGCCUGAGCAGAUCCAUCAAGCAGUCGUCGAUCCUACGGGGCAAUACAUGAUAUUCCCCAGUCUCGGUGCAGAUACGGUCCACGUCUAUUGCAUCGAUCCUGUCAGCCACUUGCUCACAGAGCAUGCGCCACUCAAAUCCAAACAAGGAUACGGUCCGCGACAUGCAGUUUUCUGGACAAGUUCCAAUUCUACAAAGACGUACCUUUUUGUAGUCCAUGAGAAGAGCAACAAGAUCACGAGUUACGAAGUUUGUUAUCUCGAGCAGGGCGGCCUAGCUUUUACCGAAGUCGACGAGGUCAGCACAUACGGCAAUCAAACCGUCCCGCCAGCGACGUUCGCUUCGGAGAUGACGCUCUCGCCUGAUAACAGGUUUUUGAUCGCAGCAAACCGUAACGGCACAGUUUUCAAAGUAGAGAAUUCGGACCCAACCAACAGCACUCAAGUUCCGAGUGAUUCACUUGUGACGUUCAAACCGUCAGCCGACGGAAAGCUAUCGUUUGUCCAGCUUGCAAAAUCAGGGGGGUGGUACCCUCGCCACUUCAGUAUGAACCAGAAUGGAUCGUUGAUUGCGGUCGCAAAUCAACUCAGCAAAAACGUCGACAUCUAUGCCCGUAACCUAGAAACUGGAAUCAUCGAAGACGGCAAAGCGGUGGCAAGAGCUAACAAUCUCGGGCCCGGCGACUUGAUGUAA